AUGCCUAUCAUAGGCAACCUCAAGGACCUCGACUCGGAUGACUUCACGGGGUCUAUGGUCACCCUCGCCAAAAAGCUAGGGCCAAUUUACAAGUUGACCGUUGCAGGUGAGAGCUUUAUCGUGCUCUCAUCCUGGGAGAUGAUCAACGAGAUCUGCGACGACAAACGGUUCAAGAAGUCUAUCGAUGGUGAGCUGCAGUCCAAAGGAGAAGAGGAAGUCAACUGGGGAGUCGCACGCCGUGUUCUAAUGUCGGCAUUCGGCCCCAUCUCUAUCCGGAACAUGUUCGAUGAGAUGCACGAGAUCAGCAGUCAGUUAGCCCUCAAAUGGGCUCGCCACGGCCAGUCUCAGAAGCUUGAUAUCGGCGAGGACUUCACCCGUCUUGCGUUAGACACGGUCGCCCUGUGCUCGAUGGGAUUCCGCUUCAACUCUUACUACAGCGAAGAGCUUCAUCCGAUGAUCCGCGCCAUGUACGAAACGCUUGUCACAGCAAGCAACAAGACAACGCGAUUCCUCCCUUCCGUCUUUUAUCGAUCGGAAGACAAGAAGUUUGCGGCCAACGUCAAGCUGCUACGUUCAACGGCCCAGCAGGUUUUGGACGCCCGGAAGACAGAGAAAGAGGAUGCAGCUGGCGGCAGAAACGACCUACUGACAGCGAUGAUGAGAGGUGUCGACCAGAAAACAGGACGCUCAAUGACUAACGAGAGCAUCAUCGACAAUCUCAUCACCUUCCUCGUUGCAGGUCAUGAGACAACAGCAUCAACCCUACAAUUCGUCAUCCAUAAUCUUCUAGCUCACCCUGAGGCCUAUCGAAAAGCCCAAGAAGAGCUCGACACUGUCGUCGGUAACAAUGCUCUUAAGCUUGACCACAUCUCGAAGCUCAAGUACCUGAACGCAGUCAUCAGAGAGACGUUGCGGCUUAGCUCUCCAAUCCCCAUGUUUGCCAGACAAGCGCUCAAGGACGAAGUUGUCGGCAAACACUAUGCCGUCAAGGCCAACGAAGUGCUGGUCUGUCUGCUGUCAAAGUCCCACCGCGACUCGCACGUUUUUGGGCCGACAGCGGAAGACUUCAGACCAGAGCGGAUGCUGGACGAGGAGUUCACCCGCACCCAAGAGGAGUUCCCGCACAGCUGGAGCCCCUUCGGCACGGGCAUGCGCGGCUGUAUCGGCCGUCCUUUUGCCUGGCAAGAAAUGAUGAUAACAUGUGCGACGCUCCUGUUGAACUUCAAUUUCAUGAUGGACGACCCUUCAUACACACUCAAGACGAAAGAGAGCCUCACAAUCAGACCCAAGGACUUCUAUGUCAGGGCCGUCCUUCGAAACGGGAUGACGCCCUUGCAACUGGAAGCCCGCUUGGCAGGGGCGUACGUCAAGACCUCUCCUGAUGCUGGUUCGGGGGCUGCGAUUGCGACCAACGGAUCUAUCCAGCACGCCGAUGACUCGAGCGCAGAACGCAGGAUGGCGAUCUAUUACGGUUCGAAUGCCGGCACUUGCGAAUACAUGGCACACAAGGUCGCUUCGAACGCUAGCCAUCAUGGUUAUCGGGCAAGCAUUGAUCAGCUCGACGCCGCUCGACAGGCUUUGCCAACUGGCAUUCCCGUCGUGAUCAUCACGUCUUCAUAUGAGGGAGAACCACCUCAGAAUGCCAGGCACUUUGUGCAGUGGCUCGAGAACCUCAACGGGUCCGAAUUGAAGAACGUCUCCUACGCCGUUUAUGGUUGUGGACAUACCGAUUGGGUUCAAACCUACCAGAGGAUUCCAAAGCUGGUCGACGACGCGCUCCAGAGGUUUGGUGCUGAGCGGCUGACACCUAUCGGGACCACCAACGUCAAGGACCGGGAUACGUUCUCUGACUUUGAAGCAUGGGAAGACUCCUUCCUGUGGCCAUCGAUCGUCAACCGCUUUGGCGGUGGCACACGCGACGAACAUGCGGCGAUUGCGUUGCAGAUAGCAUUGUCAAACCCACGAGUGCUCAAUCUCCGACAGGCCGUCAGCGAGGCCUUGGUUACCGAGGCGCGAGCUCUGGGCAGAGGACCCGAUGGCGAACGAAAACGACAUAUUGAGGUUCAGCUGCCAACAGGAAUGACUUACAGAGCAGGCGACUACUUGGCCGUCCUCCCCUGCAAUCCCAGAUCCUCCAUCGACCGCGUCAUGAGGCGGUUCAACUUGGCGUGGGAUGCUCAGGUCUUAAUCAAAUCAACUGGCCCAACAAUGCUCCCGGUCGACGUCAGCGUCCCCGUCUCACACAUCCUGGACAGCUACGUAGAGCUCGGCCAGACGGCCACCAAACGGGACAUCGCAUUGCUGGCUCAGCACGCAAACGACGGAAUGGUCAAAAACGAGCUGGCCCGUAUGAGCGGCGAUGGCUUUCAAGAGCUGGUACGAGCCAAACACAUGUCGAUUCUUGACGUCGUUGAAACCUAUCCGAUGCUUCGGCUGCCGUUUCAACACUUCCUCUCCCUUCUGCCUCCCAUGGCAAUGCGUCAAUACUCGAUCUCCUCGUCUCCCCUGUUCGCCCAUGGCAAGGCGACACUGACAUACGACAUCAUCAACGAGCCAGCCAUGUCUGGUGUCGGCCAGUUCAAGGGGGUGGCGUCCAACUACCUUUCUUCACUCACUGCCGGCAACAAGAUCCAGGUCUCGGUACGCCCUACCAUCAAAUUCCACAUGCCGCUCAAUGCAGACGCGGUUCCUCUGAUCCUGAUUGCGGCCGGCACGGGAAUCGCUCCGUUCCGAGCAUUCAUGCAGGAGCGUGCUGUCUGCGUUGAGAACGGACGGAAGAUCGCUCCCGCCAUGCUCUUCUUUGGAUGUCGCCAUCCUGACUCCGACGAUCUCUACCGCGAGGAGUUCGACAAUUGGGAACGCCUUGGUGUGGUGACCGUCUACAGAGCUUACAGCCAAAAGAAAGAACUCUCCGCUGGUUGCAGCCACGUCCAAAACCGCCUUUGGCAUGAGAGGGAGCUCGUUGGUCAGUUGUGGAGCAAAGACGCACGCAUCUACGUCUGUGGCUCCAACAAGAUCGCCGACAGUGCCCAAGCUAUCAUGGUCAAGGUCACACAAGACACGAGCAGGAGGCAGGGACAGUACCUAUCCGACGAGGAGGCUCUGAGAUCAUUCGAGCAACAGCGUGAGGAGCGGUUCACUACGGACGUUUUCAAUUGA